AUGGGAUCGUCGGGGGCGCUGUUGCCGGGCAGUCGAUGGCACUGGCAGACACGAGAGGCUGUAGGACAAGAGUAUGUGGCGGUCAAGGACUUGGCCAAGCGGCACGUGGUGCCGUUGCAUGAGUUGCUGUGCAAGCGCACGUUUGACGCAUGGCAACGAUCCAAGCGAGUGCCGACCAGCCAACCAUCAGUGGUCCAAGAGAACGGCGAUGAUGACGUGGCCAAAAGCGAGCGCGACGAACGGGUCCAGGCAUGGCUCGACUCCAAACGACGUCAAAAGCACCAGUCGAAUCGUGUGGAGGUAGCACGAAAGCGACCCGAAGUCCCACCGUUCAAGCCUCGCGUGGGCUUUCCAGUCGAACAACAGGUGCGGAGAACCAAGGACAAGGCGCCGCCAAAACGAGUAGCUCCAUGUGCACGAGAUCCCACCAAAGCCAGUGAAGCAUACAACAAGUGGCUGCGACAGAAGGCAUCGGAGCGAAAGGUCAUCGCUCAACUUGUGAAGCAAGAGGCUGAAGACCGAGAGACUGCGAGGCGCGAACUGCAUGCGAAAGCUUGGGUCAGACAGGAUGUUGUGAUGCUGGCGUAUGCGUGCCCCGUGGCUCGUCGGCGACGGUGA